AUGGCCCAACGCUUCCAAUUGAACCCAAAACCCCUCUCUGACCCGCCGGCCGAUCCUCUGAAAAGGGUCUCUCUGAUCCCAAGAUCCGCCGAGCAGAAGCUGGCUGACAACCUAGCCGAGAGGCGUCCCUUAGCCCCAAGAAGUCACGAAGACAAGCCCUUUGGUGAACAAUCAGAUGGUCUCCAGCAUCACCAUGUUGCCCCUACUCCCAAAACAAUGGAACCUACUAAGGUGAUGGAUCAUGAGACCGAGAAGUUGGGUUCCAUUGUCCCUAAGACCGCACAUUCAUCCGAGGAUCUCCUCGACGCCAAUAGUCGACAUUCGUUGGCUCCGAGAUCACUGGGUCACAACUCGCUCGGUGGAAGAUUUGGACCGGGAAAGAAACAAGCUUUCCAUAGAAACGGCAGACCCAUGUUUUCCCUGUCUGAUGACCGAGUGAUGGCCGAUAGAGUCUUGAAGACUCAUAGUCCAGACAUGAUCUUUUUUGAUGUCAAAUCACUUCUCUCCGUUGCUGAUGACAUCUUCAAGUCUCAUGUCCCCUCCAUCGACUCCUCUGCUCCUAAGCCGUCACUCGUGUUCAAGGACUACGCUGAUCACACCUCCUUUGAAACUUUCGCGGACCUCAUCGAUCAAAUCUCCUGCGAGAUCGACUGCAAGUGCCUUCAUGGCGGUGACCCUCACGGUAUGAAGACAUCAGGGCUUCACCUAGACAGUCGCAAUACGACGACCUUCUCUGUUCUGUCCCUGGUCUCCAAAUACCGCUGGGAUGCUAAGCUUGUCCUUGUCCUAGCCGCUUUGGCCGUGAAAUACGGCGUUUUCCUCCUCCUCGCGGAGACGUACGCAACAAGUCAGCUCACUAAAUCUCUGGCUCUCAUCAAACAGCUCCCUAGCAUCUUCUCUAGGCAGAACGCGCUGCACCAGCGUCUCGACAAGACCCGGAUUCUGAUGCAAGACAUGGUUGAUCUCACCAAUACCAUCAUCCAGAUCUACCAACUCCCACCUAACCACAUCACAGAUGCCUUUACCGACCAUGUCCCAACCGCAGUUUACUGGAUUGUUCGCAGCGUUCUGAUCUGCGCUUCUCAUAUCAGUGGCGUCAGCGGUUUCAAGCAGGACCAAAUCAUGUCGUUUAUGGAAGUUUCGGAAAUACAUGAGAAUAGUGAAAGGCUUAGGAAGAUCAAUGCUUACCUGAUAGAACAACUCAAGAAGAGUCACUUGACCAUCGAGGAUGGUAUAAUCGAAGAAGAGUAUCAAGAACUCAUUCAGACGUUCACUACUAUCAUUCACGUUGACGUUGUUCCUCCUCUUAUUCGACUUCUCAGACCCAUUGAUUUUCUUUACCAUGGAGCUGGUGUAUCCAAGAGACGCGUUGGGAUCAACGUUCUCACCCAAAAGCACGUGCUGCUUCUGGUAUCAGACCUCGAAAACAUCGAAAAAGAGCUCUACAUUCUGGAAUCGCUCUACACAGAGGCAUGGCAGCAAUCAUUCGAGAUUCUAUGGGUUCCAGUUCAAGAUUUCUGGACAGAAGCUGAUGAAGCCAAGUUCGAGUCACUUCAUUCGAACAUGAGGUGGUACGUUCUUGGAGAGCCUCGGAGGCUAAGAAGAUCCGCGGUGAGGUUUGUGAGAAAAUGGUGGGGUUUCAAGAACAGACCUAUACUCGUUGCCCUUGAUCCCAAAGGUCAGGUUAUGUCCACCAACGCUUUCCCCAUGGUCUGGAUCUGGCAGUCGUUCGCGUAUCCCUUCACGACCGCAAGGGAACGUGACCUUUGGGGUGAACAGGAGUGGAAUCUUGAGUUCUUGAUUGAUGGCACUGAUCCUCACUCCUUGAACCAGCUUGUUGAUGGCAAAUACAUAUGUCUCUACGGAGGAGAAGACUUGCAAUGGAUCAAAAACUUCACGAGCCUGUGGCGCAGUGUAGCAAAAGCGGCAAACAUUCAACUCGAGAUGGUUUAUGUUGGAAAAAGAAACCCUAAGAACGGAAUCCAGCCGAUAAUCAACACAAUCAAAGAAGAUAACCUCAGCCACACGUUGCCGGACUUGUUCCAGAUCUGGUUUUUCUGGACGAGGAUCGAGAGCAUGUGGGAGUCAAAGCAGAGGAUGCUGAAAGCCCACGGAAGCAAAGGGCGAGAAGGGUUCAAAGAAGAGGAAAAGGACCUUGUUCUGCAAGAAAUCGUUGCUAUGUUAGGUUUUGGAGGAGAAGGAGAUGGGUGGGGAGUGGUGAGUAAAGCUUCGGACUUGAUGGUUCGAGCUAAAGGGAACUUGUUUUCCAAGGGUUUGGCUGAGUUCAACGAAUGGGAAGUCAACAUUCCCACUCAUGGUUUUCUGAAAGCACUCAAUGACCAUCUCUUGAUGCGUCUCCCACCACAUCACUGCACCAGGUUCAUGCUUCCUGAGACUGCUGGGAUUAUACCCAACGAGGUCGAGUGCACCGAGUGCCGUAGGACCAUGGAAAAGUAUCACUUGUACCAAUGCUGCCUUGAGUGA